AUCUCAGUGGAAAACCAAAACAGCAAACUGCAAAAGCAUCUAUCACCAGAGACAGACACUCAUUGAAACAAAAAAAAAUAAACACUCCUCUUCUGUUUCAAGGGCUCACUACCCUAAGAUAUGGCAAUCUGAUAAGGACAUUCACACUGUAAGGGAGUUUUUGGGUACUUUACGUGGGCCACUCAUUGUCCCCUCCCAGUACCUUCACUCAACCAAAGUCCUUAGUCAGAACCCUAACACCCUCCCACUUGAGUGACUUGACUCUGUACUGAACAAUAAGGAAACCCCCAACAAAAUUUUAUUCCAAUUUUUCUAUAAAUAUAACAAAAAAAGAAAAGGUUUUCUACUUCAUACGCUUUUAAUUCAAAAGCUCCUCAAUUUUCAAAUCAUUUUUCCUCUUUGUCCUUUCUUUCUGUCACUUUUUUUUCUUUUCCUUGUUCUUGCAGUUAUCUUCUCAAAACCCUAGGUUUCAAAUCUAGGGUUUUGUUUUUCCUGAUGAGUUCAGGGCUCUGAGUGCAAGAACUCCUUAAAAGCUUCUACUUUGUCUGGGUCCUUGGGCUUUCCGUGCUCAGCAUUUUUUUUUUUUUUUGGUUGCUCAAGAGUUAACUUAUAAUCAUGGAUUCUUUAAGAGUGAAAAGAUUCGAUCUCUAACUCUUGUUGUUGCUCUUGUUUAUCUGGGUCUUGGUUGAAGCUUCUUGGGUCCUUAAAAUUUAUUCAUUUAAAAAGAAACCCCUGAAAACCAUGUCUUUGAACAUCCUUCUGUUUGCCGUAGAUGAUUUAGGGUUAAGAAGAGGAUUUCUUUAAAGCUGCGAUUUCAAAUUCUAUUAUUGUUGUUGUUUUAAGUAUUUUGUCAACGUAUUGAAAAACCCUGGUAAAACCCUGUGAUCAAAACUUCCUUUUUCGUGCUUCUUCUUUGUUAAAAUUUUGAAUUAGUUUAAUUUUGGGGGUUAAAAGGCUUUAAUACACAAAGUUUAGGUACCGAAAAGCCAUUCUUUUUUCCUUAAAUUGUGAUUAAUUCCUCAAUAGUAAAUGCAUGGAUGGGAGAGAAGCUAUGCCAUUAUCAGGCGGGUCAGCUCCUUACUAUAUUCAUAGAGGGGUAGGUGGGUCUAGUUCUGGAUCAGUAACACACACUGGUUUAACAGCAUUUAAUUCUCAACCAGGGUUCAGGCCCUUAUCUAACCCUCAGGUUCAGCUUCAGUCAAAUGUCGGAUCAACGUUUACAGGGGAGCCUAAAAAUGUCAGCUUUCCUCACGGCAUUAACAUGGGUGUGUCCUUUGGAAUGCCACCGGGCGAGCCGGUAAAGAAGAAGAGAGGGAGGCCCCGAAAAUAUGCUCCUGAUGGGCAGGUUUCAUUGGGACUUUUGCCUAUGCCCGCCAAGCCUAAACCUUCAUCAGGAUCGGAUGCUUCUGGCCAAAAAAGAAGCAGAGGCCGGCCUCCUGGGACUGGGAGGAAGCAGCAAUUAGCAACUCUAGGUGAAUGGAUGAACAGUUCGGCAGGGCUGGCCUUUGCUCCUCAUGUGGUCACUGUUGGAAUUGGAGAAGACAUUGUAGCGAAAAUGUUGUCCUUUUCACAACAAAGGCCAAGGGCUGUCUGCAUCUUAUCAGGCAGUGGUACAGUUUCCUCAGUAACUCUACGUCAGCCUGCAUCUUCUACUCCUACUGUAACAUUUGAGGUUGGCCGUUUUGAGAUAUUAUGCUUGUCGGGUUCUUACUUGCUUGCUGAGGAUGGUGGACCACGUAGUCGAACAGGUGGCAUAAGUGCUUCUCUUUCUACUCCUGAUGGUCAUGUCAUAGGUGGUGGGGUUGCAACAUUGAUUGCAUCAAGCCCAGUUCAGCUGGUGGUAUGCAGUUUUGUCUAUGGAGGAUCUAAAACCAAGAACAAACAACCGGCCAGCCCUAAAGACAGUAAGGAUUCCACGCCCCAGCUCAGCAGUAAAUCAGCUAUGCCAACUAGUUCACCUUCAACUCCAAAUUUCACUACCCCUUCUAUGAGUGUUUGGCCUGGUUCACGACCUGUUGAUCUGAGAAACCCUCACACAGAUAUUGACUUGACACGAGGAUGAUCAGUGCAUUUUUGUACAUACUGUUGUUGUACAUGUACUGAAUCUUUGAGAAGUAUGAAAAUUUAAAACCUUUCCCAUUCGCCCAAUAGGGGCAUCGGGUUUGUGCUAACGUAGAUUGUAGCUAAGUCACUGUUUCUCUAGUAUUGCUGGUAAACCUGUUGAAAAAUCUGUAGUUUGAAUUUAAAAGUAACAUUAACCUGUAGCAGGAAGAGAUGUCAUUUUAAGGUUAAUGGUAUCUUCUUUUUUAAGUAAUGGAGAUAAUCAAGAUUAGAAUCCCAUCACUGGAAUUUAGAGUCUAAUAUUCUUCCGACACAAGAACUAAGAGUUUGGCAUUUUAUCAAUACCCGACUGUUGGUAUUUCAAGCAAACAAAGGUUGCCAUUUUUUUUGGCCGUUUCAUUGCGUUGCAAGUGAUUUUCCGAAAUUUAAGUUGAAAUGUCCGAAGUUGUGAUUAAUACAAUUUCCCAGGUAGGAACCAUGGGAUUUAAGAUGAUGUAUAGGAUCGAGUGAGGAUGAUGGUGCAUAAGAUCAUCAAGAGUUGGUUCUGGUAGUAUGCAAAAUACAUUUUAAACUCGUUAGCAUUGAGCAAAUUCAUUCCGAACAUCAUUAUAUGGGUGACCUGUAGGGCCAAGAAUAUUUUGUUUGUGCCACCUGUGAAAGGCAACUAUAUUUUAUGAAGCAAUCAGUUCAGAUGAACAAGAUAGAAAAACAGGUAGAAAUGUCAGCGUACAGCAAUGGAGCUGUUUGUCCUAGCUGUAAAUCCUGAUUGGCAUAACAAUAACGAGGGUCUAGAAUCUAAAUGAAAUUCUAAGUUUCUGUUAAUGGUAAAUCUUACUGAAGUAUGAAAGAAGGCAGA